AAUAAAUAACUGCUUUAUGGAACAAAGCGUUACUCUUCUAAAGACUGAAGAGGCCAGGCUAGACCAGCUCUAUCAUUCCAGGUGUGACGAAGACCAGAGGAUGGACUUCACCCAGUUCUUGCUCUUUGUACUAGACAGAAGUAUUAUUAGCAAUAAGUUUGGACUUGAAGUGUUCUACCAAGCGUUUAAGGAAGCAGCCCAGGAUGGAGAUUACCUUGAUAUUAAGAGCUUCAAUUAUGCCAUUGUGUGGCUCAGUAAGAUUAUAUUCGCAGAUGAGUAUAAUCCAGUUGAGACUAUGUUCACAACUGUGCUGAUGGAUAAAACGAUUACGCACCAAAAGGACCUUGUUGGAGGAAGAGUCCCAAGCACUGAUAAGGAUACUCUAGCUGUCUUAUCUGAAGAAGCAGUUCUGUUUUACAUUGCUUACAUGGACAGACUCAAGAUCUUAUUUGCAUCUUGACAUCAUAAUAACUCAAUGGAGAGCAAAAGAAGAGUGAAUUGGAAAGAACUGAGUGACAAAAAUAUGGGAAUCCUAGCAGGAAGUUUUCUCAACUUCUGCAAAGACUACUUCCUCAUCCCUCAUAUGUUCAACGUGGAGGUUCUAGAAGGGAUCCUAUUUUCAAUCCUCACUCCUUUGCAUGUUGAAGAAUCAGAGUAUUUUACUGACCAUAAACUCGUGGGCCAGUGAGAAGGAGAUAAAAAGAAAAUCUCAAGCAGCUAUGAAUUCAUAUCAGGCGAACCUGAGAUUUUGUUGCAUGAAUUCCUGUUUAUUAUAGGAAAGAUUGCUUACAAAACAGUAAUCGCUUCAGAAGCAGAAACUUUAGAAGAUAAACUCAAGGUUUUCUUCUUUGAAAAGCUGAAGUUCCCUUCUAUAGAAAAUCCCAUUGAGUAUGCAGUCCAACUUCUCAGUGGAGAAAUAGACCCAGAAGAAGACCUUUAUUCGAGUGAUGAAGAUUUAGAAUCUGAGCAGCUAGAUGAUCCACAACAGAAAUUACUCGAGUUCAUUGAAAGGAGAACUCAACAAGACGAAAAUUUUGUACUUGAUUAUGAAGAGGUCCUACAAGAGCUAGAGUUAUCGUUACCUCCACUCCCAGAGAAGCCAAAGGUGGUUCAAGAGAACCCUCCACCAUACAUUCAGCCAAGGAUAUUAUUCGGGAAGCAUCUCCCAAAGCCAGAAGAAGACGACAAGGACAAAUAAGAAAAAGCCUCAACCAAGGAGGCAGAAUAAUCGUAAGAAAGAUGAGAAGCCUAAGAAAAUAUAUCCGUUUGAAGAGUAUCCUCCAAAACCUCGGGAGCCUGACAACCUAUAUCAUUUUGACAACCUCCGAAAUGAGAUGAAUGAGAAUAUAUUCCCUACACAUUACAAUGCUUUGCAGUGUAAUCCUGGUGUAGGGCCCUGCAUUAUCAAAGAGGUGCUUUUCCCACCAGAAGCACCACAAGAAUUCGCGACUCUCAUCGAAAGCGCCCUUGUCUACCAAAACACUGCUAAUUAUGAUAUGGCCCUCGAAACAUUUGAAAGGUGCAGAGAUGAGUGGAGAAAAGCAGAAUCUGGCGAUGACUGGAAGAAAAACGAGCAAGAAAUCAAACCUCUUAGACCUGAGAUCGAGCUCUUCUUCGAGCUCAGCCUUGGAUCUGUCUAUGAAUCUGCUGGAAGGGAUGAACUCGCCCUUUCCAAGUAUCUAAGUGCGAAGAAUAUAAAAUUGGUGUAUAAUCAUCCAGACCAAGCUUUCCCAUAUUGUGGAAUUGGAAGCAUUCUGUUUCAUAUGGAAGAGCCCGUCUGGGCACUUCGAGCAUAUCUCAAAGCAAGAGAAAUUAGAGAAGAAAGACUUGGAGGAGAUACAGUUGAUACAGCAACUGUCUAUAAUAACCUAGGAUGAUGAAUGCUCACAAUCGAGAGAAACCAAGAGGCUUGCGCAUUCUUCGAACUUGCAGAAGCAAUUCUGGAAGUUGAAUUGGGAUCUCAACAUGAAAGAACUCUCACUGCAGCUCGGAAUGUCAAAAAGGCGAAGCGUACAGUUCUCAACAUCAAGCCUGAGUAUCCUCCGCUAUGGAGCUUUGCUGCUUUAAAUCCGAACCCAAAGCUCACCAAGAAGAAGAAAAAGAAGGGAAAGAAAAAGAAGAAAUAA